AUGGCCAUGGCCACCAAGACCACCGCAACAUUCUUUGUCUGCAUUCUCUGCAUGCUCAUCUCCCUCCCGCCCGCCUACGCCUGCCAAUCCACCUGCCCUCCGCCCUACCCUCCCUACGGCCACCGUCCAUCCCCUCCCAAGCACCGCCCUCACCCACCGUCCCGGCCGCCCAAGCACCACCACCCAAUAGUCAAACCUCCGACGCCGAGAGUCUCGCCACCCGUGGUCAAACCUCCGCCUAGAAUCUCGCCGCCCGUUGUCAAACCUCCGCCGAGAGUCUCGCCGCCCAUAGUCAAACCUCCACCAAGAAUCUCACCGCCCGUGGUCAACCCUCCGGUCAUUGUGCCGCCCAUAAUCCUCCCGCCGCCCGUCCUUCCGCCGCCGGUCACAUGUCCCCCACCGUCUUACCCGCCUUACACACCUCCCGGCGGCGGCGGUCGGCCGGUCCCCGGACCGCCGCCGGCAGCCACGUGCCCGAUCGACGCCCUGAAGCUGGGGCUCUGCCUGGACGUUCUCGGUGGGCUGAUACACGUCGGAAUAGGGAAUCCGGAGGAGAACAUAUGCUGUCCCGUGCUGCAAGGCCUGCUCGAGCUCGAGGCGGCGCUUUGCCUCUGCACCACAAUAAGGCUUAAGCUUCUAAAUCUCAAUAUUUUCCUGCCGCUGGCACUGUCGGUGCUGGCCACCUGUGGGCUGACGCCGCCGCCCGGAUUCGUCUGCCCGCCGCUUUAA